CCUGCUUGAUUGCCAAUUCGCCCUUACGGUUUCGCGCCAUUUUGUGAGAUCAUUAUCAUCAGCAUCAGCAUCGUCCCGAGCCUGCGCUGGCUUGCGCGUUCCAUUGAGAGAGACGCCGCUCUCAGGCGUCGCAUUUUCUACGGACAGAAAGCCGAUACUCAAGCACUUUGUUGCGUCCGGCAUUCCACGGCGUUCCGUUGGAUGUCCGCACUUGCACGCGGUGGUUCAGACCUCCACACAGAUCAGCAUGGAACGCAGGAAGCAGAGCAAGACGCAAGGGAGUCAGGAUGACAGCCCGAAUGGCAGCCAGGAUCAGGAGAACGCCGGUGCCGGGGGUGCAUCACUGCAACAAAUAUUUGGCGCUGUCCCUUCUACUUCAAGUUGCUUGAGCACUCCAGCGGAGGCAGUGGAACCCCCGGCUCAUGGCGAAGGCUCACACGUUCCAGACGCUGUCUCGCAAGUGUUUGCGCCAUCGGCUGCCGAUUGCCAUAACGUUUUCAGAAGGGCGAUGCAGGAGCCAAGCUCACUGAGUACGGACGACCUGAAGCUGUUGGCUGUUGCCAUUUGCCAGUCAGCAAUCCGCAGGGUCAACUAUGCCAUCCCAGCCGCCGAAUUCUGCCUCGCCAUCAUCGAGCGCGGUGAACGUGCCCAGGCUGAAGGGUGCGAAACGUUUCUGGAGAGCCUGUUGCUGUUCUGCCGCGAGUUGUUCAACAGCCGCGACGAAGUAUUGAGGCCGCCCGACCAGCCCACAGUCCGAUCCAGGCGCUGGGUGGCUUACGUCACCUUCCUCGCCGAGCUCCUCGACGGCCUCAGCGCAGGACUUUUCGAGAACACGCUCAGGCCUUGCCGCGGUGGCACCGCCUCCACGGCCAAAGCAAGAAGCAUGAUGGUGCUUGCAACCCUGCUUUGUGUCAGCUGCCACACCAUCCUGCAGCCGCCGUCACUUUACAAUCCUACCGAGAUGGACUGCCUCCGGACGGCACUGACCACCGCUGGCGCUGCCUUGGAGCGUGUGGCCCCGGAGCGACUGGCGGCCCUGCUGCGCGAGAUCCACGCCACCUUGGAAAUGCAGGGCCUGCCAAUCCGGUCACGCCACGUGCUGCUCGAAUUGAAAGAGCUCCAGGCUGCGGGCUGGCAGCUGAGCCCUCCGCAGCAGCCCGGCUUGUCCAGUGGUACGGGUCGUUAGGGCUCCAAAAAAUGUCCGACGGCUCCCAAAACGACAUUCUUUGCGAGGAUCGGCCUCAAGAACUGCGUCGCCACAGUGACGCCCUUCAAGCAGCGGCGUUGUACUAGUACCCCGUGUUCGGCAGCAAGACACAUCCGACAGGAAUGACGCAGAGCGCUGACGCUUGAUAAAUGUUUUGUGUGGGGCACGUAAAUAUUUUUUUCGCUA